AAUUCAAUAUUUGAAAACAAACUCCUUUACACAAUAAUAAUAAGAGAAGACGUAAGAGUAUAAUUUCGGGUGAAUAAAAGAGGAAAACUUAUACAAAAAUCAAAAAAUUUCGUAAAUGUCAGUCGGUGUUUUUCCUGUCUGUUUAUAUAUUUUAAUCAGCCGUUUGAUCGGUUCUUUUUGUCAAUCAUCAAGAAAACAUUUAUUUACAAAACCGCUAAAAAAGUGAUACAUGUCGUCGUCGUCGUCAUAAUAUAUAAAUGUAACUUAAGAGCAAAUCAAGCGAUUGCCUAAAUAAAUCGCAUGUUCUGUAAAUAAAAAUAAAAUAUUGUUCCGUUGUGUGUGCCAUAUGUGAUGUCGUAGUCGUAGUCGUUUGUGUGAUAUGCCCUCACAAUAUAAAUAAAUACUGAAAGUAUAGCGCGCGCGGUGUAUAUCGAAUCGUAUAGCGGUGUAUCGAUAUUUAUAGUGGUAAAAAUGCUCUUCAUGUAGCAGGAAGUUUUGUAUGAUUUUUUUUUUAUAUAUAUAAAAUAUUACCCGAGAGUCGCGUCUGUGAUUCGAUUAAUUGAAAACGUGCCAUGUAAAAAUAUUGAAUUUUUGUUGGAUUUUGUUUUUUCAUUGGUAAAAACGGGAGGAAAAAGCAGUCACGGAAAAAAACAAAAACAAAACCGAUGAAAGAAUGAAAAUACUCUCGCGCGUUCUAUGCAGUGAAUGUCAAUAGGAAAAAAUGUUGUUUAUCGAUGUGAUAUUAGUUUUCUGGUAUGCUGAACCAUUUGUUCGAAACUUGUAAGAGAACGAAAAUCGGAUAGCCAAAUGGUACAUACACGAGCACUUUAUCUGGUCGCCUAGAUAUGUUAUCACAACAGAGGCGUAUUAUAUACGAUAAAACAUUGUUAUCAGGACGUUUUAUGUACUUAACGAAUAAAAUAAGAUAAAAAAAGUUUUUUUUAUUCAUUGCAUACACGAAAGAAUAUAGAAGAGGAAAAAAAUAAAAAAUAAAUUAUAACCCGAGCGCUGGUGCUUCACACAAUAUUAUUCCGAGCAACAUGUAUGAAAUUCAAACAGUGUUUAGCGUUGUAAACGUAGUGUACAUUGGAAAUAUUUUGUAACAUCUGAUUGUUUCGAGUCCGAAAUUUUUUGAAAUAAAUUUUGUUUUUUGUUUUUUAAUUUCAUUUUAAUGAACCAUAUUGGGUGGAAGCGAACGCCUUCAUUAAAUGGUACAUUUUUUGUGUAGUUUUUCACUUGGAAAUUUUUUUAGUUUGUUUUUCGUUGUUGAUUGUUGGAAUGUUUCAAAGCCAAAUCAAAUAUUAAGUUCUGUUAAUUGACGAAUAAUACCAAGAAAGAAAAAAUUUAUUCGUAAAAAUUUUGUGAGUGGCAGAGUGGCAAUAAAAUAUUAAUUUUUUUUAAAUUUAAAACAAAAAGUGUACGUGCGUUGAUAACAACAACCGAAGAGCUAUUAUUACAAAUUUGUCGUUGUUUUAACAUAAUAUCAGCUUGUGCGUGCGUGUGUGGUGGUUCAUAAAAAUUUAGAAAAUUAAUUCAACUCGCAAUCUGACGGUGAAGAGGAUUUAAUUAAAAAGCAAAGAAAAAAACACGAAAGACCAACACUGUGAUUCUUGAGGUUUUUAUUUUCGCGGACACAUUUUCACUUAGAAAUGUUGAGCUCAUUGGAGGCGUUAGCAGGGAAAAUAUCACCAGGAUCCGGAAAGAACAGUCCCAAUCAACAUUUCAGCCGAGUUGAGAAUAGCACAAAUAAAACAAAUCAUUUCAGUCAGAAUAUUCAUCCGUACCAAAAAUUGGAUCACAAUAGUAAUCGGGAAAAUGGGUUAAAUAUGAGCAACAACAGCCUUACUAAUAACAAUAACAACAGCAUCAUUAGUAAUAAAAAUAUUAGUGAUUCGAACGAAGCACUAUGUUUGAUUGGCGAGCAACCAGAUCCGGAUUACAUCAAAAUGUUCGUCGGUCAGGUACCGAAGUCCAUGGACGAGGAUCAAUUGCGCAAAAUGUUUGAGGAGUACGGACGUGUUCAUUCGAUAAAUGUACUUAGAGAUAAAGUGACCGGUGUGAGCAAGGGGUGCUGUUUUGUGACGUUCUUCACACGAAAGGCUGCCCUCUUAGCACAAGAUGCACUGCACAAUGUGAAAACACUUGUUGGGAUGCAUCAUCCGAUUCAGAUGAAACCGGCCGACAGUGAAAACCGAAACGAACGCAAACUAUUUGUUGGAAUGUUGAACAAGAAACUGUCGGAAAAUGAUGUGCGUCAGCUGUUCGAGAAACAUGGCGUCAUCGAGGAGUGUACCGUGUUAAGAGAUCAAAAUGCCCAAAGUAAGGGUUGUGCCUUCGUUACGUUUGCUUCCAAGCAGGCGGCCAUUGCAGCUAUAAAGCAGACUUUACAUCAAUCGCAAACGAUGGAGGGCUGCUCAGCGCCAUUAGUUGUAAAAUUUGCCGACACGCAAAAGGAAAAGGAGCAAAAGAAAAUGCAACAAAUGCAGGCGAAUCUAUGGAGUUUAGCCGCAGCCAACAUGAAUAUGCCAAUAUCACAAACGGCAACGUCCUGUUCAACGCCACUGUUGCCGAAUCCACCGCAACAACACAGUCCGAUGAUCGCAACGGAUGCCAUUACGCCGGCAUCGCUACAUAUUCUGCAGCAAUUGCAAGCCGUUGGUUUACAACAGCAAAUAUUGCAAGGCUUGAUAAAUUGCAAUUUUACAGGUCUGAAUGCUCAAAACGAAUCCGCAGCUCAAGCAGCAGCCGCUGCUGCAGCGGCAGGUUUACUGCCAUCUAUGAAUAUUCAAAAUCUUGCUGCCUUAGCAGCCAUGGCACAACCAGCAUUAUCAGCAGCUAGCCAGCAGCCGAGUGCUCAAUUAUCGAAUGCAGCUGCAUUGUUAUGUCUCUUAGGAAAAACGGCAAAUACAGGGUCUGAGGCGAAUGCUCUUUCACCGUAUGUAACGUCAGCGGGUCUACCACCACCAUUCGGUCAAUCGGCACUUUCUACCUCACCGCUGGCAAAUGUUUCGUUAACGGCAGCAGCUGCAGCAGCCGCAGGAAAACAAGUCGAAGGACCAGAUGGUGCCAACUUAUUCAUCUACCAUUUGCCGCAAGAAUUUACCGACACCGAUCUGGCAUCAACAUUUUUGCCAUUCGGUAACGUUAUCUCCGCAAAGGUGUUCAUCGAUAAGAAGACCAAUCUGUCCAAAUGCUUUGGAUUUGUAUCGUUCGACAACAAUGAUUCAGCCCAUGCAGCUAUAAAGGCAAUGCAUGGUUUUCAAAUUGGCACGAAGAGGCUGAAAGUGCAAUUGAAAAAGCCAAAAGAUGCCUCGAAGCCUUACUAGGUUAUGUUUUUAUUAGUGAAAAAAUAAAAGAGAGAUGAGAGAUAGAGAGAAAGGAGAGGAGGAAAAAUUACACACACCCAAUAAACACAAAAUAGAGAGGAAAUGGAGGAGGAGAAAUUAAAUCAAGAAAUUAAUUAAAUUGAGAAGCAGAAGAAGAAAAUUUAUUAGAACACAAAAAUGAAGAAGAGAAACAACUUUGUAAAAAUUUAAAACGAAAAGUAAAAAAAGAGAAAAUUUUGAUGAAAAAUUGAGAGAAUUUAGAUAGAGAAAACAUUUUUUUGUUUUUUUGUAUAAAAUGAAAAAAAAGAGAGUCUGAUUGGAAGGGACUUUGUUUAUCCUUAUGAUUUUGAUUUUACCACCAAUAACACAUCAUCCCCCCUAUAUUUUUAUAAAAAUCAAACCAAUUAAAAACAAAAAACAAAUUGAAAUAUAAACAAAAAAACAAGAAAAUUAUUAUAUCGAGAUAUGUAUAACACAUACCCACAUACACACACAUUACAUUGAAUGUUAAAUAAUGAACACAUUCUGCUUUUGUGUAAGAAGAGAAAAUUUUUAUUGUUAAAAGAAAACUUUUCGUAAAUUUAGAGAGAAAAA